AUGACUGUAAGGAAAUCUUUGUCUCAAGAUUAUAUUGAUCUUGAUGAGACAUCUAGCAAGCUUCUUGGAUCUGGUGCAUCUGGGACAGUCAGGAAAUUUCACACUCUCAAUACUACUGAGCAGUGUGCCUACCUACAGUAUGCUGUUAAGAUCUUUAAUAGAUGCAGUGAAAUGGCUGAUGAGACACAACAUUAUAAUCGAAUUACCCGAGAAGCAGAGAUAUGGACUAAUAUAAAGACAGAACAGUACAGAAAUAUCAACAAACUCAAAGGUUUCUCUUUGAUAAAAGACUCUCCUUACCCAGUUCUUGUAAUGGGUAUCUGCAAGCAGAGUUUGGAUAGCUACUGGAGGUCAAGACGAAUCAAUACCAAGGAGAAACUAAAUCUUUUCAUAAAAAUGGAUUCACACAUGGUGAUCUUUGGCUGUACAGACACUCAAAGGGGCCACGAGCAUUACUGUGCACCUGAGCUAUUCAAGCAGAAGAAUUGGAGGCCAGUGGAGACGCUGAAGAAAGAGGGAAAGCUACCUGUUGUAAAGUCGUCUAUAGCAAGGCCAAAGCAAAAGUAUUGGUUUUUGCUCCAAAGCCUUUGGAGUACAGACCCAGCUGAGCGGUUGAAAGCAGAAAAGGUCCUCUCAGAAAUAGACGAAUUCAUCAUAGAUUGUCGGUCCAAUGAUCUCUAA